AUGUAUAACACAAAUGCACCAACUAGCAACCAGCAAAGUGAAAGCCACGUUGAUGCAGCUGCCAUUAUACAUUCAAGGUCAAGGCAUUUCCACUACGAGACUGGCAAUGAUCAAGUCGGACCAAAAACCUACAAAAGAAAGCUUAAAACCAGGAGGGGAGAGGAGCAUAAAGAACUGUACUGUACACGAUUCUCCAUAGCUGAUCUUCUUCUCGGUGCAGAACUUCGGAUGAUGGAUGAAAUGUACGGACUUCACUCUACGGCAGGGUACACGGCGGCGCAGCCGCCUUCGCCGGAGUAUGAGGCUUUUGAGUCGAGCAGUGUUCCGAUAUUUGGAUCGGAGCAUAUGUUGUCGGCUAAUUCGGCUGUUUCAGAUACUGCUUCUAUGCAGAGAAGUGUCGGAGGAUUAGAGGAAGAGAGUAAUACCGAAGCAAAGCGAGCAAAAAUCGCUUCUCAUCCUCUCUAUCCUAAGUUGCUUUCAGCUUACAUCGAUUGCCAGAAGGUCGGAGCACCACCGGAGAUAGCCGAUCUGUUAGAUGAAAUCUGCAGAGGAAAUGAUCCUGGCAAACGAAACGCUAUUUCCAGUUUCCUGGUCGACGAUCCUGACCUCGACGAGUUCAUGGAAACUUACUGUGAGGUAUUAGUGAAGUACAAGUCGGAUCUGGAGAGUCCUUUCGAUGAAGCUACUACGUUUUUGAACAACAUUGAAGCCCAGUUCAACAAUCUCUGCACCGGUGCUUCCAGAAGUUACGUUUCUGCUCUUCGCAGGCCAAUUAGGGUUUAUAGUUUUAUGGUCGGAGCACCACCGGAGAUAGCCGAUCUGUUAGAUGAAAUCUGCAGAGGAAAUGAUCCUCGCAAACGAAACGCUAUUUCCAGUUUCCUGGUCGACGAUCCUGACCUCGACGAGUUCAUGAAUUUCGUGUUUAUUUCAUUGCAACAUGAUGCGCAAGUUAGCUUUCGACUUGGCGCUUCUUAG